AUGUCAGUCAUGAAUAAUAAAAUCAAGGAAGAUAGAGAAGAAAUUGACAGUAUUAAGUCCAUAAUAGAUGGGAUCAAGAAAGUAGUUGAGGGCUUCCAACCUUUGGCAUAUCUUUUUGGGAAAGACAAGAACCUAGUCCCAAGCCAUAUUGAAAAAGUUGAAACGCUAAUAGAUUACUUGGCAACUGAGGUAAUGAAGGGACUGGUAUCUUCUCAACAGGCAACAGUAUAUGGUGUUCCAAGUACCAUAUCUUUAAAUGUCGCCAAGAAAAGGGUAUUAAACUCAUGUGGCAUGACGCCUAUGCACUGUGACUGUAAACACCUCCGCAAGAAAGCAGCACAUCUAGAUGGCCCCAUUCUUUUCAAGUUCACAACCUCAUAUGAUGCUAAGAGGUUCAUUAACUAUCAGGAUCAUAUAUGA